CUUUUCUCGCUUCUCCUUCCACCACUUUCCUUCAUUUCCUUCAUCAUCAUGGCCGUCUCGCUUCAAGUCGUUGGUGUCGUGAGCUUCUACAUGGUCGCCGCCCUCAUUAUGGUUUUUGUCAACAAGCUCGUCCUCAAUGCCGCUCCCAAUCUCACCGUCCUUUUCAUGUUCUUCCAAUCCACCACCACCGUUGUUCUCCUCAUCUUGACCUCGUUCCUAACCCCCCUCGUCCAGUUACCCCAACUGUCACUAUCUGCAGCACGAAAUCUCACGCCUCUUAUUAUCGUCGACACCGCUGGUUUUGUUUUCAACGCUCUCUGUUUACGAGACGUCGAAGCGGCUUUUUACCAGAUCGCGCGAGGGAUGGUGUUACCUUUGACUAUUCUCGUCGUGUCAUGCACUUCUCGACAAGCACCUUCUCUGAAAGUUGUUGGAUGUGCUACGAUCGUUACAUUGGGUUUCUUCAUCGGCACAUCCUUCCCCGCCGGCCUCCCCGCCAAAUCAGUCAUGUCCCCCACAGCUUUGUUUUACGGUUUCCUUUCUUCCAUGUCUAUUGCACUCCAUGCUGUACUCGUCAAAUCUUCAUUACCUUACGUGAAUGGAAACCCAACCAUGCUCUCAUUCUGGUCCAACUUGGGGUCUGCAUUGCUUCUCGGGGCAUUAUCUCUCCUGAAAGGCGAAGUCGUGGAGUUUAUGGGUAUGACGACCAAGGUGGAUUGGGAUUGGAACACAUUCUUGUGGGGAAAUAUCGUUACGGGUGUGUUUGGGUUUUUGAUUAGUAUUGCCGGGAUUUUGAGUGUCAAGGUGACGAGUCCGGUUACGCAUAUGUUUAGUAGUGCUGCACGGAGUGUUUUGCAAGUGUUUUUGGGUGUCAAGCUUUUUGGAGACGUGUUCACGACUCAACGAGCCAUGUCAGUGUUCACAAUCCUUGUGGGGACUUUGUUAUAUACCUAUAUCAAAACUCAAGAACCGAAAGCUGCACCGGCGUCUGUUUUGCCAACAACGAAACAGGAUGCGGAGAGUCAGGCGAAACUUUUGCACAACGAAAAGGAGGAGGGUUGAUGGCGAUUCAAUCUCGGACCCAAAAAAUGUUGUUAUUGGGGGCAAGAGGGGAUGUUAGAGGCAUUUAUGUGGCGAUCUUACAUGGCUUACACCUAUUUCUCUAUUUUACUAUGCUUUCACCAUUAUUCAUGGACUCGAGCUUGUUGUCUGUAAUUUUUUCAGUUGGCUCGCUGAAUACUACGCUCCUUUUCGCCUGCA